AUGAAUCAUUCUGAUAAUAUUCUAUGCAAUAUUUCUAAGCAGAGUUAUAUGGCUCACGUUAUCAGAGAAGCAAAACUGAUAGUAUGGGAUGAAUGCACUAUGGCUCACAAAAAUGUUAUUGAAGCUCUCAACAGAACUCUUAAGGAUAUAAGAAAUAGUGACCGAAUAAUGGGUGGAAUAACUGUUGUUUUAGCUAGUGACUUCAGACAAACUUUACCUGUUGUACCACGAGGUACACGUGCAGAUGAAGUCAAAGCCUGUCUCAAAUCCUCAGUUUUAUGGCCUCAUGUUAACGUACUGUCUUUGAAAAUUAAUAUGCGCGUUCAUAUACAACAUGAUUUGAGAGCAGAAGAAUUUUCAAAGUUACUCAUUGAUAUAGGGAAUGGACAAAUUUCAGAAGUUGACGGACGAAUAAGUAUUCCGGAUAACCUAGGUGAUAUUGUUGAUGAUUUAACUACAUUAACUGAUAAAAUAUACCCAGAUAUCAAUAAAAUUGGAGUUAAUUGCUCUUCAUGGCUAAAAGAAAGAGCUAUUCUGACUCCAACGAAUGAUUCAGCGAAUAGCAUUAACAACUAUCUUAUAGAAAAGCUAUCAACUAAUCAGAUGAAGUAUAAAUCUAUUGAUACAGUCGUAGAAGUUGAUGAUGCUGUCCAUUAUCCUGUCGAGUUCUUACAUACACUCAAUCCACCCGGAAUACCAUCUCAUAUUCUCAAUCUUAAAAUUGGAGCACCAAUAAUGUUACUGCGCAAUUUGAAUCCUCCAAAACUAUGUAACGGUAAACAUGAAGGAGAAGUCGUAUUUAUUCCAAGAAUUCCUUUGGUUCCAUCUGACUACCAUUUCAACUUCAAACGUCUACAAUUUCCUGUUAGGGUUUGCUAUGCUAUGACUAUCAAUAAAGCGCAGGGGCAGAGUUUAAAAUUAGCUGGUGUAGAUUUGAGACAUGAUUGUUUUUCUCAUGGUCAGUUUUACGUGGCAUGCUCAAGAGUCAGUUCACCGGACAACUUGAUUAUUCUUCAACCAGAGAAAAAGACGAAAAACAUUGUUUACAAGGAAGUUUUAAGUUUUUUGACACCUGAAAAGUACUGCCUAUUCGUCGGUGAAUAUUUAUUGAUGAAUCCUCCUCAUCAAGAGUUUUUAAUACGCGAGUUCGGUUUAUCACCCAAUACUUACUCCGAUUGGAGUUCUUUCAUCAGAGAAGUAUGGGAGUAUUUGGUGAUUGAAAAUUCUGAUGAAAAAAUUGGAGGUCGAGGAAAAAUUGUGGAGAUAGAUAAAGCUAAGUUCGGCAAGCGGAAAUAUAAUCGUGGAAGAGUCAUUGAUGGUGAGUGGAUAUUUAGCGGAAUUGAACGUGAAACCAAUAAAGUGUUUAUGGAGACUGUUCCUGACCGCACCCAAAAAACACUUUUAGAGGUCAUUAAGCGUAAAAUUCGUCCACAUACCACUAUCAUCUCUGAUUGCUGGCGUGCUUAUGAUUGCUUGGAAGACGAAGGUUUCAAACAUCUUAAAGUUAAUCACUCAUUAAAUUUUGUGAACCCGGAAGAAGAAGAAGUUAUUCUCGACGAUCCAAAAAUUUUAUGA